UCUUCCACUGGACCAACUCCAUUUUUUCCCACUAGACCAACUCCAUCUUCUUCCACUGGACCAACUCCAUCUUCUUCCACUGGACCAACUCCAUCUCCUCCGUCUACUGCACAAACAGUAGCUCCAUCUCCUUCAUCAACUUCGUCUCCACCCACUAGCUCCAAAUCAACCAGCUCGAACCACAGUGCAGUGAUUGGAGGAGCUGUAGGAGCCUCACUGGCGGCUCUGCUGACAGUAUCAGUGGGAUUACAGUGGUCUACUCCUGCGGCAGAAGUCGGUAUCGUCACUACCAGCGCAGAGUACAAUGUUCCAUGAGCGGCUUGAUGACGAUGAGUCGAGCGACCAAUUAAUCACUGAUUACUAUUUAUUCAUGAGAUACUAUAUAAUACUUUUCGAGU